AUGAUCGGUAGCUGCAAUGGGCUCUUGUGCCUUCUCGAUGAUUUACACGGUUACCGGGAGGUACUUUAUCUAUGGAAUCCAUCCAUUCGGAAGGCAAUUGCCCUUCCGCCAUUACGGGUUAAGUUUCAAUCACACGGUCUUUUUAAGCAUAGCAUUGGGAUCGGCUUCGAUGCCCUGAAUGAUGACUACAAAGUUAUCAGGAUUAAUCUGAAUAAGUCUGCACAUUGGCUUGCUUAUGAUGGGAGAAGGAAAGAUUUCUACUGCUUGAUCGUGUCAUUCCACAUGGGUGAUCAGAGAUUUGGCGAGAUCAUGGUCCCUGUUAGCUUUUCUCGGCAAAAUGUUGUUGUGGCUAAGUUUCAAGAAUCACUCUCUCUGAUUCAAGAUCUUUGGAGCAAAUAUACUUGUUGCGUAUGGGUGAUGAAGGAGUAUGGAAUAUCAGAUUCUUGGACCAAAGUAUUCAAUAUUGAUAUGAGUGUAGGAUUCGGUAGCGUUGUUGGCUUCACAAGGCAAAGUUCUGUUACGAUUAUAUACUGGGUAUCUGGUAGCUUAUGA